AUAGCGUAGGAGGCGGGCUUUGUGGGAGCAAUAAGGCGUUGGGGGAUGGUGGUGCGGUAGUCAUAUAUAUUUCAACAAUACUCCUGCUUACUACCCCCUCCCUACCCCGGAGGCGGCCCGUGUUCGCCUUCGUAUCCACGCUCGGUCCCGGCUGGAGUCUGGGAUGUGACUGUAGCGGUUUACUGGGCAGAGAGACGGAGAUGAGGAGGCUGCUCCGGCUUUUGACAGAGAAGACAGAAAGUGGAGUGAUUGAACCUGGCUGGUGUUUUAAACCUAAUUCCAAAACACGGCACUGUUGUUCCCCUGUUCUGCGAUGGGUUUCAUGAAAUUAGCGUAGCCGAAUCAACAAACAUAACGGGGUUAGCAAGAAAACGCUGCUGCAGCAGGCCGCUAGUUCACUCCUGAGCUCUGUCCAGAAGAUAUAUCAUGGGCUUGAUCGUGGCCAAGCUGUGGAGCUUUUUCUGUAAUCAAGAACACAAGGUGAUCAUAGUGGGUCUUGACAAUGCAGGAAAGACGACCAUUCUUUACCAGUUCCUGAUGAAAGAGGUCGUCCACACGUCUCCAACAAUUGGCAGUAAUGUUGAAGAGAUCGUCGUGAAGAACACGCACUUCCUAAUGUGGGACAUCGGUGGCCAGGAGAGCCUAAGAACCUCUUGGAACACUUACUACUCCAACACUGAGUUCAUCAUCCUGGUUGUGGACAGUACGGACAGAGAAAGGCUUGCGAUCUCCAAAGAGGAGCUGUACAGAAUGCUAGCACAUGAGGAUUUGCGUAAAGCCGCAGUGUUGAUUUUUGCGAAUAAGCAGGAUAUGAAGGGCUGCAUGUCCGCAGCCGAGAUCUCAAAAUACCUGACCCUCAGCUCAAUCAAAGAUCAUCCAUGGCACAUUCAGUCCUGCUGUGCUCUUACAGGAGAAGGGCUUUGCCAGGGCUUGGAGUGGAUGACUUCAAGGGUGGGACUCAGAUAGCCUCCAACAACUUUACAGGACUGGCUUCAUGCGGCGCCUUCACCGUGAACAUCUGGCCUCAUCCUAUUGGCUGCUUUUUUUUUUUUUAAUGAUUAUUAUGAUUUUAAACUUUUUAGCUCAUGAACAGUGAUCGACUGCUCUGGACAACCUACCUCACCACAGAAUGACUGGAUGCUGGUUGACAGAUUGGACAAAUGUUUCAGUUUCUUCAGGUUAUUUAUGCACAUGAAAGAACUGAGAGGCAUUGGACUGUGUGCUUUGAACACCCAUUUUUGGAAAAGUUCUCUGUUCUGGUUUAAUAUAGUUAAUGGACUGUGGUGUGUUUUAUUGAACAAAUCAUUUUACUGGUCAAUACAGCGGUCAGGGACGUCUUGUUUCUUUUUUGUGUGGGUGUGUGAUGGGGGGGAUGGGGGACAUGUAUGGAGUGUCUGUAACAAACUCAAAAACCACUACAUAUCAUGAAGACACAUUGCAUAUCAUGGCUCAUUACCUCAGUUAGCAGCACUACAGACACUCGAGCAGCCGUCAUUGAGCUAGCCUUUGCGUUACCACUGAAAUUGUGGGAGCGGGCUGGCUCAGUAAUAUGGAGUUUUAUUCAUUGAUCUAUGUCAAUUAUUUAAGGUCCUCAAACACCAUUUAUAACCAUGUUUGUGCCAUUCGAUUAAAUGGGCUCCUUUUCCACCCAUCAUCUGCAAUUACAUUGAGGACUGGUUAUUAAUAUCUUUUUUCCCCUGAGGAUGAAACCUGGAUUAUGGAUAAACUUGAAAAUCCUUUUUUUUUUUUUGUUUUUUUUUUUUUUUGCUAAUUGUAUUUUGUUUUUAUGUCAGGUACCAGUUUGUAUUAUUUUUGUACUGGUGAUUCAUAUGCUGCAUCAAAACAAUUUUACUCAGUCGUGUGUGUGUGUGUGUGUGUCUCAGUCAGUCAGUCUCAGGCUGGUGAGCAUUUUCAAAUCUAUUUAAAUAAUUGGUGCAAACUGAGUAGCAGCUACAAAAUCUAGGUGGAGAUCUUUUCAGUUCUGCAAUUUUGAACCAUGAAAGUGUUUAUGAAAAUAUUGUUUUUGGAAUAAAAUUAUAUAUGCAUA